AUGUUAGUUCGUGUACUCACCGAACCACAGAAUUCGCUACUUACUCAGUUGAAGUUGCAGUUUGCUAUCGAUAAUGUUGAUCUUUCCUUUUCGUCGGAAGCUUUACAGCAGGUUGCACAAUUAGCUUUGGAAAGGAAAACAGGUGCUCGAGCCCUACGUUCAAUUCUUGAAGGUGUGCUGCUUGAUGCGAAGUUCACAGUUCCAGGCAGUGAUAUUGAGUCGAUACAUGUCACACGGGAGGCUGUACUAGGAGAAGCUGAAGUGGAGUAUACAAGGCGGGUAGUUGAAAACAAACAGGCUGUAUCGGCUAUGUAG